AUGUCUGGGCGAGGAAAGGGAGGAAAGGGAUUGGGAAAGGGAGGAGCCAAGAGGCACAGGAAGGUUCUCAGGGACAAUAUCCAGGGGAUUACGAAGCCGGCGAUCCGUCGUUUAGCGAGAAGAGGUGGUGUGAAGCGUAUCAGCGGUUUGAUCUACGAGGAGACUCGCGGUGUUCUUAAGAUCUUUCUCGAGAAUGUGAUCCGCGACGCCGUCACUUACACUGAGCACGCUCGCCGGAAGACUGUCACGGCGAUGGAUGUUGUCUACGCGCUGAAGAGGCAGGGACGAACUCUGUACGGGUUCGGAGGCUGA